GACGAACAGGGAAAUACAAGGGAGGAAGACAGCACCGGUGAGAAACUGUUCACCUGAACUAUGGCUGGCUCAGGGAAACUGGCAAAUGUCCGCCUGCCUCCAUUGCCGACUGUAGGUGAGCUGAUAAAGCUGUACAACCUGCGAGCUGAGAAACAAUUGUCCCAGAACUUUCUACUGGACCUGAGGCUUACAGACAAAAUAGUGCGUCAGGCAGGUAGGUUGAAGGGUGCUCAUGUGUGUGAGGUGGGACCUGGUCCAGGAGGCCUCACCCGCUCCAUCCUCAAUGCUGGGGCAGCGGAUCUGCUACUUGUGGAGAAAGAUACGCGCUUCAUCCCUGGGCUUAAGCUGUUGUCUGAGGCGGCACCGGGCCGGGUGAGGAUUGUCCACGGUGACAUACUCACUUACAGGAUGGAUCGAGGAUUCCCAGCAAAUAUCUCAAAGAAGUGGGAGGAAGUCCCGCCAAACCUUCACAUCAUAGGGAAUCUGCCAUUUAACGUCGCUACCCCCCUCAUCAUCAAGUGGCUGAAUAACAUAGCUGACAGAACGGGGCCCUUUGUCUUCGGACGCACUCAACUCACCCUCACUUUUCAGAAAGAGGUGGCCGAGAGAUUGACAGCCAGCACAGGCAGCAAACAGAGGAGUCGUCUUUCCAUCAUGGCUCAGUAUCUCUGCACUGUCCACAACUGCUUCACCAUCCCUGGACGGGCCUUCGUUCCCAAACCAGAGGUGGACGUGGGAGUCGUUCACUUCACCCCUCUGGUUCAACCCCAGAUCCAACAGCCCUUCCAGCUGGUGGAGAAAGUCGUCAGGAACCUUUUCCAGUUCCGCAGGAAGCACUGCUAUAAAGGAGUAGAAAAGUUGUUCCCUGAGGCGUGUCGUGAUGAGCUCACACAGGAGAUGAUGCAGAAGGCAGAUGUGGACCCCACUCUCCGCCCUACAGAGCUCACCAUACCCCACGUCAGGGCUCUAGCAGAUGCCUAUGCCCAUCUCUGCACCCGUGAACCUGGUCUCCUCAGCUACGAGUUCAGAGAGGAGCUCAGACUAAAGCAUCUCCUUCGGAAAGGAGACACACCAGUGGAUGCAUUUAUGGACACGUCAGGCAGCACGCUACAGAGUCCUCUGCAACCCUGCUGAAAAAAUGCUUGGAAACCAAAAGAAGCCUGCUAAUAGCCUCCGUUAGCACAGGGUGACAACAAACUGCUCUUAGCCUUGACAUUUCCACCUGGCAUCAGCAUGAAUUUUUAAAAUAUUCCCUCUGCACCCAAGGAGCAAUAGGUAAUUUGGUAUACAUGAAAUCCUGGGACACCAACAGGAAAGAGAAGGCACAUAAAGAUCCUUUAAAACAUUUUCUUGGAUGUGUGUGUUUGGGAGGAUAAAGAAAUCAGUAGCUCUUUAAGAGUAAGUGUCUCUUGAUGUCCUAAUUUUGGCUUCAUAUCCAUCUCACAAAACACCUUGUCCUGUGGGACCUGAAAGAAAUGUUGGCGUGUUUUCAGGGUGAUUUAGAGAAUGAGAACAACAUGGCAGCACCAUAUCCAGGACGCUUAUUCCUUUCAGUGUGUAUUGCUUAGUCACUUGGGAGACAGAGCUUAAAGGGACAAAGAAAGUGCUCUGAAUUUGUCAGCUGAAUAAAGACUCUGAUUAAGAUUAUUUGUGGUUUUUGAAAAAAUCUGUCCAUUGGAUUUUGCAGGUCAUUGUUUUAGUAAGAUUAUGUAAGUUUUGUAUGCUUGCUUACUGCUAUACAUUGUCAUUUGAACUAUCUGGAUGCCAAGCCAAUUUUUUGGCUGUCAUCAGUGAAUUUUGUAUAAUUACAUCAGAAUUAUUGAUGUCCAUAUAUUUCAGAAAACCAUUUAAAGGGGAUGUAUUUGAAAUAAAUGAACCAGCUCUUAUUUUAGGAAAGACAUCAGAUUAAACGACACGUUUGUCUUUUUUCAUGCACUGGUCCAUUUUGACAUUUGGGGAGAUUUUUGCUUUCGUAAGCUUCUUCUUUUAGACAGAAACAGAAAAAGAAUAUCCAAAAUAAACAUGCAGGAGUUUAUUUGUAUAUUUUAGUUAGUUGCUACACUUUUUAAUUGCACCUGUAUUUUUCAAUUAUAAUACCUUAUCUCGAGGCUGUUUCUCAAAGUGAACUUUUUCACAUACUUUUUCACAUACAGUUAUAUUUUAAGUAUAUGAGCUUUAAUUAUAUUUCAAUAUAUAGCAUAAUUAUUUCUAAUUAUGUAAUUUAGCUAAAAUUAUUUAAAUUAUAUAAUUUAAUCAAAGUGUAUUAAAUUUAUUUUAAUUAUAUAAGCAUGCUCUAAACCAGGAAUCAUUAUAGAGAUAUUCUUUUCAUUUUUACAGAGGGUCUUCUUCAUAUAUCAAUUACAGUUUGAUUUAUAGAACAUUUUAUUCCUAAAAAUACAGUGGGGGAAAAAAGUUUUUGGACACCCUCAAAAUGUUACACAAUCUCAAACGUUAUUGUGAAAUAUUUGUGGAAAAAUCUUUUUUGUUUUUCAAAAGAUGUGGCUGCAUUAGAGGGACACAAACAAAUACAAAUGCUUUUUUGUUUAUUGUUUACAAGAAAAACGGACAAAUUCUUGAAGUACUUAUUGUUAUGGAAGCAAUCAAUUUAAGUUUUUAAUGGCUUUUUUAGGAUCUGUUUAGUAUUAUGGCUGUGUUUGUACUAAAAGAAAUUGCACUUGAAGAAUGGUCCGUGUACGGAUCUGUUAAUUGUAUUUUCCGUUCUGAAACGGGUAUUGAAAAACAAAAAACGAGUGGUUAUUUGAUUUUUGUUUUAAAAUACAAACAUUAAAAUUGAAAUACAAGACGUUUUUCCUUUUCAUGAUCAAAAAGGGAUAUACGAAAUUUAAAAAAUGCUUUGAUUUUCAUUUGAUAUUUAGAAUAACAAAAAAAUAAAAUCAGUAAGAGACAGAAACGAAAAAAGAUCCGUUUUUUCAUUUUCUGAGACCGGAAGUGGUCAUCAGCAAGUGUGGCCAAACGACAACAAGAUUCUCAGAGGGCGGAGCCAGAGAGCAGUGAUUGGUCAGACUGACUGAGAACCAGAGAGCAGUGAUUGGUCAGACUGACUGAAAGCCAGAGAGCAGUGAUUGGUCAGACCAUAGAUAUGUAUAGAAGACAGCGCGCUAGUGUAUCUAGUCUAUAUAUAUCUAUGGUCGGCAGGUCUGGUAGUAUUUCUGGCUGCUGUUGACCUUGUUUUUGGAGUAAAACACUGUAAGAUAAAUACUUCUAACCAGUAGCGUUGUUUUGUUGUACGUUAAGUCAGCGACUUGUGAAGAGUUGUGUUUUGUCGUGUUUGAGCAGUUGGUCUGGACGCGUUAGCUAGCUAAGCGGCUAAGUUAGCUAGCGAGCUAAUUAACACAGGUGGCUAACUUACCUCUGAACACCUGUGUUAGUUGCUGCAGCAGCUGUCCGUCCUUAGUAGAAUGACCUUCUCAACCUGUAUUUCUCUGCUGUGUAUUUUAGCUUUUAAAAAAGUUAUUUUUACUUUAAGGUUAACUGAAACCUGUUCAGCUGCACCGAAGUUUAACAUUCAGCUGGUUUGAAUUAAACCGCGCUUAACAUUGCGCAACAUUACCUCUCUGAAUCUCCAUAAUUUCAUUAAAUUCCUUCUCUCUUCCACUGCUCAAGUUCAAUCCAGUAUAUAAAAUGACAUUAAUAGUGAGUAAACUAACAACCAGCCAUUGUAUUUAUUUAUUACUGUAUGUAUUUGUAGUAAAACAUGAGUUGAAACAUCCUACUUUUGGAUCUAGAACUGCACAAGCCGUUCAUUUUCAGUCACCUGACGAGUUAAACUCCCCUUUUUAUGUGAGGUUGAAGCAGAAAGUCUGAGUUAACAAAGUUGUUUAUAAUUUGUGAUACCUGUUAUCUCUGACUGAGGCUUUAGUUUUUGUUGAGACGAUUUACACGUAGAAACUUUGUUCAGGAAAAUUUCUCAGUAGCUCAGAGGACUGGCUGCUUUUUACACAACCUUGUAAGAGAAUGUCUGUCAAUGCUUUCAGCAGAAUUUAGAAACCCAACACUUCCUAAACAGAUAUUUUGAGGCUGUGAGGUUGAACGUUUGAGAGUCUAUCUGUGUGUUUGUUUGUGGUCUUUCUGUUUCUAGGUGGAAGCUGACUUAGUGAGGAUGACUCCUGCUCCUGUCAUCUCUAAGCUCCUCACACAUCUUUACCUGCACAUGAGGAAAAUCACUCCUGUAGAAUGCAGUGGUUCAUCAGAACCUCUGGGGAUGUCCUGUGGAUUCUGUGGAUCCUGUGGGUUGCAGGGUGGAUCCUACCUAGACCAGGCUGAUCCUGGACCAUCCCACAGAUGCUCAAUCAGAUGUGGAUGUGGGGAGUGUGGAACCCAGAUGUUCAGAGGGAGAUGAUGCCACAUCUGGUCCAGCCGAUGGAAGGUCUUGAAGUUCUCUGACUGGCCUCGACUGAAGAUGGUCGUCUCACUGGAUUUAAGGUUCAGAUGCUCAGUAACAAACUCCACCAAUGAGCCAACAGGGAAGCUUUAGGUUUAUUAAAUGUUGCUAUGAAGGUAUCACUGUUUUUCUUUGUGAAUGCAAUGUGCUCCAACUGAAACUUGAAUUAGAACUUAGAAGUAAAUCCUUCCAUCUGAAAGGAUUUAGUUGCAUUAAUAACCUCAUAACAUUCUAAUUUUUAUUCCAGUCUUAGGUUGGAAAUAGAAUCUCUGUAUUGAUUCAGGUAAAGACUGAACUUCACAGCAUGUUGAAGCAAAACAACCAGAUGAAAACUGUGAUGGUGUUGGAUUGUCAGACCGUAAUGUUGCAGCUCAAAGCAGCUUUUCUAUCUCAGUUCAUUCUGACAUUCAGCUAUGAAUCAACACAGCAGAUGGUGAUCCAUGCUGUGGAAGUCUCACAUCUCCUGAUUUAAUGGAGCUGCUUUGCACUUUUUACACUGUUUAUUCACCAACACUUUAUUUAAUAAAAGUCCCAUCUAGUUUUUAUGAGGAAUGUGAUGUUUUAAUUUCUCUGUGAAUAACUGCAGUCUAAUGCAACAGCUGGAGUUGUAACAUCUGUCCUGAUAUUGAUCAUGAAGUAUUGAUCAGAAUACUUAUGGUCAGCAGUCAUCCCUGAAGUUUUACAUUAAAAUCUUUACUUGUGUUGUGAACUUUGGUAAGAAGCAGAAACGUUAGCGUUGCCAUGGAUACAUGAGUGUUAAAUUCUGUCCAUGUUUCCAUUUUGGGAAAUGCAGUCCAGUUCCAGAAUGUGGAGGAAUUUAGUCUCACAAUCACAGACAACAAAUAUUAUCUGAAAGUCGGGUUAUUGUUGUUUAUCAGCACAAUACAAAAAGAUUAAUGUUAGAAAUAUUCCAGUUAAGACUCUAGAAUAUCAUGAUUUAUGCAAAUUUACCUCAAUAAUAUGAAUGUUCAGGUUAAGAUUGUACAGUGAUACUUAUGUAAGUUUAUCUGAUUAAAGUUUAUGACUCUGCACUAAAAUAUUAUUUAAAUUGACAUCAUUAUUAUAAUAUUUAGGGUCAGACCCUACAGUAUUGAGAUUAAGAAAUCAAAUAUUCUAUAAAAUGUAAAUACACUGAACUCAUUUGGAUAUAUUUAAGUGAGACUCUACAAUAUUAUUUGACACAAAUCUAUCUAAAUCAAAAUUUUAAUAAUUUUCACACCAAACAUUUACUGGACUGAUUUAAAUAUUAAAAUCACUCCUUUCUAAUCCUCUGCUGUACGUUCAAACCUGAGGCCUUAAAUAGAAACACACAAGUAUCUGAUUGAAGGAACUUCUGCAGAGUCCUGGUUCCAGAACAUGAUGAUAGAAUUAUAGACAAACUUUAACAAAAGCUGCCUGAGAGUUUACAGGUUUUUAUGUUAGAUUUCUUCAGUAAUUUAAUGAGCGUUAUCAGCAAAAAUCAAGUGUUCAUUUGAUGAACUUCAUUUCCUAAAACAUCCAGAAUUGGAGCUCAUAUCUUUGGCAGCUGUAAAGUUUCUGCUCCUUCAAAGUUCACAACACAAUGAAUGAAUUCCUAAAACACUCUCAAUGCUGGAGAGCGUUUGUGAUGCUGAAGCAGUGACCAGUUUUUCUGUUUCUUCUCUGGAGAUACACAAUGAGGGACGUCUGCAGCGACUGAGAAAGAGUCUCACCACAUCCUGACAUGAGGAAAAAGACUUUAUUGAAGACUACAAUGAGAAAAACUAUCAGACAGCAGACGGCUGCAUUCAAGGUGAGCUCUGAACAUUUGAUCUGGAACAGGAAUUCAAUAACGGCAGCAUGAGCUUCAUUUCAGUCUGUAGCUGCUGAAUUCAUGGAUGAAUCAUCUGGCACUAGAGAAGAAGACCAUCAAACAUCCACGUCAGCUGAUGGAGGUCCAAGAGUCUCACCAAACAAACAACCUACAGAGUGAAGACCUCAAAUCUGAUUGGACGGCCUCCUAUUCAGCCACAUGUGUGAACAAAUGCCUCUAAGCUGAUUUGUUUUCUAAAAUAAAUCUAGUUUGAGUCCUAA